AUGCAGGACGACUUCAUCGACACCUUCUUCUUUGGACAGAGUGAUACAGAUAAGACAGGGAGAAUGCAGAAGUACGCUACAGAGGCAGCUGCAGCAUCCCCCUCCCCAUCAUCCAUGGAUGAGUUUCCAUCCACACAACUGCUGCAGGCAUCACAGGGUCCUCUGUCGCAGUUUGAGGACAGGCAGCAACAUUCAGGUUCUACCUUGUUGUCUCAAAUUACCUCAGUGGAUGAUGAUAUCAUUCCUCCUAGUCAAGCCUCCAUCCACAACGAGUUGACAACCUCACAGAGACCUCAGAGUCAGAGUGUUGCUGCUUACAGAACUGCACGGCCAUUGUUCAAAACUCCAUUCAGACCUGCCACCAAUCCUAGUAGAACAGGUCACAAUCCACCCUCCAUUCAGCCAGAGUAUGGCCAAGAGGAAAGACUCCCUAAUGAGCCAAGACAGUACUCGCAGCCUGAGCAUAUCUUUCAACAAAGAGGUGUGCUACAGGGUAGACAGCCUACUCACAUUAACGCAACACCUGCAAGACAUGGUCCUUCACAACAGAGCCAUCUUAUGACACCUGAUACAGAAGUGGAAGCGAAUACACAACCCUUAAGAAACCGUACUGCCAGGCAACUCUAUGGCAGCACACCAAUGCCUCUUACUAUUCCAAGUGUGACUCCAGGAGGGACGGUAACCGGAGAAACAAGACAACUGAGAUCAGUCCAAGAGAUUCCUGAACAGUUCCGGUCGGUCUUCAAGGAGUUCCCCUACUUCAACAUUGUGCAGUCCAAAGUCUUGGAUGAUGUAUUGUACACAGACAAGCCCCUUGUUGUGUGUGCCCCAACUGGAUCAGGGAAGACCGUCAUCUUUGAGCUGGCCAUCAUCAGGCUACUAGUCAGGCUAGGCAACACCCCUGUCUACAAUGCCAAGAUUGUCUACAUGGCUCCUAUGAAGGCCCUGUGUAGUGAGCGGUAUCUAGACUGGAAAGAGAAGUUUGGUCCUCUCGGGCUCAAGUGCCAAGAACUGACCGGCGACUCCGAGAUUGACGACUACUACCAGCUGAGAGACUGUCAUGUAGUCCUGACAACUCCUGAAAAGUGGGACAGUAUGACAAGGAAGUGGAGGGAUAACAAGUCUCUGGUGCAGCUGGUCCGACUCUUUCUCAUUGAUGAGGUCCAUCUCAUUAGUGAUGAGAACAGAGGUGCAACAAUGGAGGCUGUGGUGAGCAGAAUGAAGACCAUCCAAGCUGUGGUGGGCAGGGAAAACGUCACCAACUCUGAGUAUGAGUCAGCGAGGGCCCAGUCUGCAGCGUGCAUCAGAUUUGUGGCUGUGUCUGCCACCAUACCCAAUGUGGAGGAUGUUGCAGCAUGGCUUGGGAAAGAAGAUGCCACUGCAGUUUACCACAAGAUGGAUGAGAGUUACCGUCCAGUGAAGUUGAGGAAGGUUAUUUUGGGUUAUCCCUGUUCCUCAGGCAGCUCUGAGUUUAGGUUUGAUCUGUCCCUGAACUACAAGAUCCCAGGUGUCAUCCAAACCUACUCAGAUCAGAAACCCACUCUAGUGUUCUGUGCAACUAGGAAAGGCUCAGUGCAGUGUGCGUCUAUGCUGGUGAAAGAUGCUAAGUUUGUCAUGAAUGCUGCACAUAAACAAAGGCUGGCAAAAGUUGCAAACAUGCUCAGAGACCACAAGUUGAGAGAUCUUGUUCUGUUUGGUGUUGCGUAUCACCACGCUGGGCUGGAACCCACAGACAGAAAGGCCAUCGAGACAGCCUUUACUCAAGGGGACAUACCUGUGCUCAUAUCAACCAGUACUCUGGCCAUGGGAGUGAACCUGCCAGCACACCUGGUUAUUAUCAAGUCCACCCUUCACUACACCUGUGGCAUGUACGAGGAGUACUCUGAGCUGCAGGUGCUGCAGAUGAUCGGCAGGGCAGGCAGGCCACAGUUUGACCAAAGUGCUACAGCAGUUAUCAUGACAAGGAAUCAAACAAAGGCCAAGUAUGAAGCUUUGGUGAAUGGAACACAAAUCAUUGAGAGCAGUGCUAGUCUGUUCCACAGUUCUAAAGUUGUGGAUAUCCCUGCUGGUCUGAGUAAGGAAGAUAUGGAGAGCAGACUGCAGGAUAUGUGCCUGAAGGAUCUGAACCUGUUGUCCCGGAUUGACCUGGUCAAAAUGGAUGAAGAGGUUUUGACCUUCAAGCCCACAGAGGUUGGGAGGCUAAUGGCGAGAUACUGUAUCACAUAUGACACCAUGAACAAAUUCAACAGCCUGGAAGGCACGGAGAGUCUAGGGGACCUGGUCAAUACUGUUUCUGGCUGUAAAGAGUUCCAGGAUGUGACACUGCGGAUCAAUGAAAGGAAAACUCUGAACACCCUGAACAAGGACAAGCACAGGGCCACUGUCAGGUUUGCAAUGGAUGGAAAGAUAAAGACGGGACAAAUGAAGGUCAAUUGCCUUAUCCAAGCAGCUCUUGGCUGCCUUCCAAUCCAAGACUUUGGUCUCAACCAAGACACCAACAAGAUUUUCAGGGCAGGGACUAGGGUCUCCAAAUGUUUAACAGAGUUCUUAAUGCACAGACCAGGGUUCAGGGUGCUUCUCAAUGCCACUCUUCUGUCAAAGUGCUUCAGGUCCAGACUGUGGGAAAACUCCAAGUUUGUUGCAAAGCAGUUAGACAAAAUCGGUCUUACCCUGGCGACUGCACUGUUCAAUGCUGGUCUGACAAGCUUCCAGAAGAUUGAAGAAACAAACCCCAGGGAGAUAGAACUGAUCGUGAACAGGCACCCGCCGUUUGGAAACCAGGUUCACGAGGCGGUGUCCCACCUUCCUAAGUACGAGUUGGCUAUAGAGCAGGGUGCCAGAUACAGCCCCACAGUGGCAGAGCUGACAAUAGUGAUCUCUCUCAACAACUACCAAAGUCUGAAGGAGAAGGUGACUGCAGGGAGGAACCACAUGUGUGUGCUGCUGAUUGGGGAUGCUGACAACAACAUCAUUUGUAAACAAAGACUCAGUGAUUCUACUCUGAUGAACAGUGGGACUUGGACAAAGAAGGUGGAGGUGAAGAGAGCUAACAAGGGAGAUGAUCUGAGCAUUAACUUCAUCAGUCAAGAUUAUGUUGGCCUGGAUGUUCAGAGCACCUACACUCCCUUCUACAGUGGUGCCAGAAGGCACCGUGCCACCAGCAAGAACUGGGACCACACUCCUAAACAAAAGAAGAGCCAACAAGAAGAAAUGGACUGGGACGAUUUGGGCACAGAUAUUGACUGGUCAGCCGAGGUGAAUGAAAAUGACAACGUUCCAGUGACACCCAGAAGACUGCUGGGUCCUGACAGAAAACCCUGUAACCAUCGCUGCAUCAACAAGGAUGCCUGUGCUCACGAGUGCUGCAAGUUCGGAGUCAAAACUUUCCCAAAGACAGCACGGCAAAGGACCAACAGAGACAACAACAUGUCCUCCUACCUUCAUCAACUACACAACAGAGCUCAAGCUCUGCCUCAGACUCCUGGCAUGAAAAGACUCAAGGCGAGCCCGUCCCUCAGCACACCUACCCCAGACCUGCAGCAGUUUGCCUACAGUCCCGUGGCCAAGAGGAAGCUGCAACUGGAGAAGUAUAACCAGCCACAAGUCCCCGCCACGCCGGCGAGGGGCUGGGACCACCUGGACUUCUAUCACAUAAAUCGGGGGCAAGACAGCAAGAUAGAGCCUGAGCAUACAGCUGAGGAUUGUUAG